CUGACAACGAAUGCGCUCAUUGGACUUUCUGUCGCACGGGAAGACAGGACUAAACCUGUGCUUGUGGAUUUAUACUUGAUUCUGGCAUUAUCAAAGUCACCGUGAACUGAGAACAAAUCUUAUGAUUGAAGACAAAGGAAGAAUUUCACUCUUAAGAAGGCUCUGUUACGGUGUAUCUUAGAAACAACACCAUGACUGAUGUGAUAAUCAUGGCGGACGUGUCAACAGACAUGACGCAUAUAAACAACACAAAAAACAUGGACGAGAUAGCUAAUGAUAAUGAUACAGAGAAUACAAUCAAUGAUGAAGACCAUAAAGAAGAAACAUGUGAUGUGAGUAUGUCUGAAGAAGUGGAGAUGAAGAGGGUUGCAGAUGAACCAAAGAUAACCAAGUUACCUGAAAACAAAGAGCCCGAACAGGAGACAAAGACCACCGGCAGGACGAGAAAACGAGAGAGGGUUUCCAAAAUGAAUGAGGAAAACAUCACCCAAGUGGAGAAAGAUGAAGAGGUCGAUGCAUCACAUGAUAUGACAAAUAUGUCAGAUGUGGCACUAAAACAAGAGAAACUGCUUAAAACAUCUAAGCCUGUACAGAGAAGUUAUGUUCCCAAGUUGGGAAAAGAAGAUGUGAAGAAUAAGUUUGUGGCCAUGCAGAAAGCUAGAGAAGAAAGAAGCCAAAAGAGAAGUCAGGAGGAGCAAAAGAAACGCAGAGAGCAGUACAUUAAAGAGAGAGAGUAUGUUCGCAGGAAGCAAAUGAUAAAGGAACUCCUCACCUCAAGUGAUGAAGAGGAAGAGGUGAAGCCGACAAAGAUAGAAAAAACAUAUGUUCCCAAAAUUACAGGCAGUGUGAAGGGGAAGUUUGCAGAAAUGGAGAAACAAAGGCAGGAGGAGGAGCGGAAAAGAACAGAAGAGGAGAGAAAGAAGCGCUCCGCACAGGAGGCCAUAGAGAAGGCCAAGAUUCAGAAAGAGCUGGCCAAGAAAGCCCAGGAGGAAGGUGAUGACAGUCUGCUGGUACGAGUGGUGCCUGCAAAAUCUCAAAAACAACCGGGAAAGAUCAAGAUGAACUUUGAGGACUUGGAGAAGAGCAGAGAAGAGGAACUAAAGAAGCGAACCGAGGAGGAAAAGAAGAAGAGAUAUGAUGAAAACCGCCGGUCUUUCCGAGAGGCCAAGCGUUGUUCCUUGACUGAACAGCUGGAUGAUGCAGAGUGUCCUCCCAAGGAGAAGGAGCAGGUGACCCCUGGUAAACUGCAUCUGACCUUUGAAGAACAGGAGAAGGAACGACAGGAUCAGCAGAGAAAGCAGGCAGAGGAGGAGGCCCGACGCAGACUGGAGGAGGAAAGGAAAGCUUUCGAAGAGGCCAAGCUGGACAUGGCCCAGGAUGAUGAGGAUACUCAGGAUGCAAAGGGAGAAAAGGAAGAAUUCAGACCUGGUAAACUUCGACUCAGCUUUGAGGAGCUGGAAAGACAGAGGCUGGAAGAGGAACAUAAGCGAGUGGAAGAAGAAAGGAAAAGACUUAUCGAAGAAGAGAGAAAGGCCUUUGCCGAGGCCAGAAAAAGCAUGGUUGUAAAUAGUGAUGAUGACAUCCUGCUGGCCAUGAUAAACUCAGAUGCGGGCAAACCCGGGAAGUUGGCCAUCAGCUUUGAGGAUUUGGAAAGACAAAGACGAGAAGAAGAGCAGAAAAGGAAAGAGGAGGAAGCCAAGCGACGCCUGGAAGAGGAGAAAAUGCUUUUUGCAGAAGCUCGCAAAAAUAUGGUGCAGGAUGAUGAAAAAACUCUGGCGAGGACAGAGUCACAGGAAGCAAUGCAUCCAGGGAAACUAGAAAUCAACUUUGAAGAGAUGCUGAAAAUGAAAGAAGAGGCAGAGCGAAAGCGCAAGGAGGAGGCCAAAUGUCUAAAAAUGGAGAUGGAGAAGAAAGAGUUUGAACAGUUGCGACAAGAGAUGGGCGAGGAUAAGAUCAAUGAAAGUUCUGAGGUGGUGAGCACUGAGUAUGAGGAACUAACAAAUCUGAAACGAACCGGCUCCAUCCAGGCCAAAACCCUAAAAUCUAAGUUUGAGAAGAUCAAGCAGCUCACAGAGGAAAAGAUCCAGAAGAAGAUCGAUGAGGAACGAGCAAGAAGGAAAGAAAUUGACGAGAAAAUCAAGGAGAGAGAGGCAGAGCGCUGUCAGGAGGAUGAAGAUGAGGACAAUACAACUCCAGCUAAAGCAGAAGAUGUCCCGUUCAGACAGAAAGUGGACAUGCGUGCACGAUUCGAACAAAUGGCCAAGGCCAGAGAAGAGGAGCAGAAGAGGAAGAUCGAAGAGCAGAAAUUACAGAGGAUGCAAUUUGAACAACAGGAAAUUGACGCUGCUCUCCAAAAAAAAAAGGAAGAAGAGGAAGAAGAAGAGGGUAGCAUCAUUAACGGCUCAGCCGCCUAUGAGGAUGAAGAGGACCACGCCAGGUCGGGCGCUCCAUGGUUUAAAAAGCCCCUGAAGAACCAGUCGGUGGUUGACGCAGAGCCCGUGCGGUUCACUGUGAAGAUAACAGGAGAACCCAAACCAGAGGUCACCUGGUGGUUUGAGGGUGAGCUGCUGCCGGACUCUGAAGAUUACCAGUACAUUGAGAGAGGCGAGACCUACUGCUUGUACUUGCCAGAAACGUUCCCUGAGGAUGAAGGAGAGUACAUGUGCAAAGCCGUUAACAGCCGAGGAACUGCUGCCAGCACCUGCAUUCUCACCAUUGAAACUGAGGACUACUGAUGCUCUCCUUCUCUGGAACUUUCCCAGACUUUUCUUUUUUUCUUUUAUAAAAGUUCCAUUCUGAAGGUAGGGCCAAAAACCGAGGAGGAAGGAGCGAUGUUAUCUCUCUCUUUUUUUUUUUUUUCACCCUUCCUCCUGAAGAUAUGCUCAGUGAUGAAGUACAGUCUGUUGUUUACAUUAGAUGCUGCACUCACGGUUAACAAAACAACAAACAUAAAUCCAUAUUUGGGAUGAAUUUGUGCCAAAACACAGAUACUGUUCCCAUGAUCUUUUAGCAUAAACACAUAGCGUAGCUGAAAAGAAAUCCAGUUUAUUAAAUACAGUUGAGUAUGUUCAAAAUAUACCCACUAUGUCACUGAGGAAGGAUUUCAUACUCAUGUAAUUGAAUGAAUGAGACGUUACUUGAGAGUUUGAUUCACUAUCUUUAAAGGGGCUGUGGUUGCAUUUCCUUUUGUUAAAUUCCAAAAAGCACCUCUGUUCAGACUCAGAUUGUUUCCCCACAUUGUGAUCUGAGUAUUUAAAGUUUUGAAUAAAAAUGUACACAUAGAGCUUUAAUAAGCCCAGAUGUUUCUAUGUUAAAGUGUAGUGAGGAAGUAAAAUGUAUGGACAGUGUAUGUAGAGGUUAGCGAGGUGAUUUUAGGUUUUUAGGCAGAAUAUUUAUGUAAUGUACAAAAUUAUAAUAAAAUUCAUGAAAAUUAA